ACAAAGACAGACAUAGCAGUUUUCACUAGCAAACAAACAAACAAACAAAAAGUGCUGAAAAUGAACGACAUGUUGGUGGUAGUCACUAUAUUGGCUUUCCUAUUUGUCUUGAUUAUCUGGAUCAUGAAUAUACUCUGCAGAUCGACCGAAAAACAAACUCGGCAUUCGUCUGCUAACCUGAAUAAGCGGAAUAAGAUUAAACCUGACGUUGCAUGCAAUAACCAGCAUGCACUUCCCCGACCUGAAAUUAACGAUGAAUUUUCGACUGCCAGCGGAGAAGACUUGAACAACCAAAGUUUUCUUCAGCUGAAGGCAAAAGUCGACGAAACGAACCUGAUUGUAUUGGAAAACCAACGUUUGGCGAAUGAAUUGAGUCUUGUUCAAUCCCAACUGACAGACUCCCAUUCAAAGCUACAAAUGUUUCAGAACGUACAGGAAGAGUUGGCAAGUACCAAAAGCGAACUCGAAGAAAAGAAAAUUGUUGUAACUGACUUGGCAGAGAAAAAUCUCCGCUUGACAAAUAAUGAUUCGCGACUAAGGCGAACAAUCGAAGACAUGGAUAGAAUUAUUAUCGAAGACAGAGAUAGAAUAAUGGCAUCCAAUGCGAUUGAGAAAAACCUGAUUUUAUUGGAUAAAGAACGUUUGGAGAAUGAGUUGAGUCUGCUUCAAUCCCAACUGACAGACUCCUCAUCAAAGCUGCAAAUGUUUCAGAACGUACACAACGAGUUGGCAGCUACCAAAAGCGAACUCGAAAAUAACAAACGUGAAAUGACUGACAUAAAAGAGAUAAAUCUCCGCUUGACAAAUGACGAUUCGCGACUAAGGCGACAAAUUGAAGCCAAGGAUAGAAUUAUCGAAGACAGGGAUAGAAUUAUUAUCGAAGAAAGAGAUAGAAUUAUGGCAUCCAAUGCGAUUGAGAAAAACCUGAUUUUAUUGGAUAAAGAACGUUUGGAGAAUGAGUUGAGUCUGCUUCAAUCCCAACUGACAGACUCCUCAUCAAAGCUGCAAAUGUUUCAGAACGUACACAACGAGUUGGCAGCUACCAAAAGCGAACUCGAAAAUAACAAACGUGAAAUGACUGACAUAAAAGAGAUAAAUCUCCGCUUGACAAAUGACGAUUCGCGACUAAGGCGACAAAUUGAAGCCAAGGAUAGAAUUAUCGAAGACAGGGAUAGAAUUAUUAUCGAAGAAAGAGAUAGAAUUAUGGCAUCCAGUGCGAUUGAGAAAAACCUUGAAUUGGAAAAAGAACGUUUGGAGAAUGAGUUGAGUCUAGUCCAAUCCCAACUGAAAGACUCCCAUUCCAAGUUAAAACAAUUCCGCAACGAGUCUGUAACUACCAAAAGCAAACUGGAAGAAAAGAAAAGUCUUAUUACUGACAUGACAGAUGAAAAUUCUCGACUUGGGCGAAAAAUUGAAGACAAGGAUAGAACGAUCAGACUUAUUUUGUUCGAUAAAGAAAGUUUGGCGAAUGAGUUGAGUCUGCUUCAAUCCCAACAGACGUUCAGCCCCAACCGUCAAAUGUUUCAGAACCUACGCGACAAGUUGGCAGCCACCAAAAGCGAAUUGGAAAAUAACAAACGUUUAAUGACUGAUAUUACGGAGAAAAAUCUCUGCUUGAAAAAAGACGAUUCGCGUCUAAGGCGAAAAAUUGAAGACAGGGAUAGAACGAUCACACAGAUUGUGAUGGAAAAAGAACGUUUGGCGAAUGAGUUGAGUCUAGUUCAAUCACAACUGAAAGACUCCCAUUCCAACCUGAUGCAAACAGUCCAGAAGGUACACGACGAGUUGGCAGCUACCAAAAGCGAAAACGAAAACAACAAACGUGUAAUGACUGACAUGGAGCUAGAGUUGAAGAAUAGAACCAUUUCUGAACUUGAAACGGAAAUUCUCCGUUGGACCGAAAACGAUUCACAGCUGAGGCAACAAUUGGAAGAAACCGAUCGUCUUCUUCAAUCCAGUCAGGCGGAAAUGGAAGAACUACGAGUAUCCCAGACCGAAAGGGUAUUAGAGCACUUACAGGAUCAAGUGAAAAGACUAGAAGAGAAGAAGAAGAAAUGGAAGAAGCCGUUUGAAAAUUUGCCAAAAUGGAAGAUAUUUAAGUCAAAAGAAAUGAAACCGAAAUUGGCGGCAGAAGUCGUAUGAGGCAGCGAAGAGGUGCGAAUCCUCGGCUGACCCUCGGACACCAUGGGAGUAAUGUAAAGAGGAUUGAAAAUCAAUAUGGGGUAAAGGUUAUAGGUUUAAUAUAAUAGGUUUAAUAAAAACGUAAUUCAAAAUCUGCCGGUAACAAUUUUGGGGAAAGUUAGAAAAAUGUCGUAGAUUGUAGGACGAAGUUCUUUCAAAUGAAUUUCGCUAAUUGUUCUGUCUUGUUUUGUUUUUAAAUUAAAAUUAAGUAAUAAUUGAAGCUGGACGUCAGUUUUGCCUAUCGGAAUAGUUGUUGCCUUGCGAUGACGUUGCCUCCUCGUGACAAUCCAAAGGGAUUGGCGGAUGAACCCGUCGACGGAGUUGGUUCGCUGGUCGCUGGUGUGAUGUGAGUGAAGACUUUUGAAAUUCCUGGCACUUGUAUAUAAGUUGAGUUAUCAUGGCUCCUAUAUACGGUGAAAGGAAUUAGAUCGUCUUCACUCGCACGCCGGUGUACAGUUGACUAACACCUUGACGGGGGGUUUCAUUACCCUCAAACGAGUCCGUCGAUUCCUGACGUGCGUUGCGGGUGGAGGUAGCAGCCGAGCAAGUGGGCGACUAUUUCGAUGGUAGAAGCGGUAGAAGCUGGUCCAGUUUCUUUUGUUUUUUCAUUUGAUUUUGUUUUUCUCUUUUUUUCGAUUCUAAUAAAAUUUCAUUUUAAACUUCAAAUCUUUUACUUGUUUCGUCAUUCAUUUUUCUAUGAGAAGCCGGAGAAGGAUGCCUUUCAUAUGCAGCACAAUAAAAAGGAAAAAUAAAUUUCUGGCAUCAUCAAUGAACAUGAUAGAGACGUGCAUGAAAUAUUGUUACGAAGGCCGGGGUAAAGCAAACGUCAUAUACGUUAUCAUGUUAAAAACAUAAGAUGAAAAAAUGAGCUGGAACUGUUCAGUAAAUAUUCGAUUAAAUAGUGAAUCAAAAAAAGGAAAAGAGCUCUUGAAACACGAUAGUCUCGAGAGAGUCUUGUGACUCUUGUCCACAACAUGUCAAUAAAACC